CUCCCUUUCUCUGGAAUAAACCACUUCUCGCAUUUUUUUGUUCGUGUCCACUGUGUCGUGUCUCCGUCCAGUCUCUCUUGGCGACCCCCGGGGACACCUGUCGCGUCUCAGGCAUCAGCAAUGAGAGGACGAUGGAGCUCCCACUCCACAUCUGUACUGGUUUUUUUGAUCGUACUGUGGCAGACAAGGUCAAAAGCAGAUUCCAAUUCAACACGUAACUCCAAAGACAUCACAACCUUCACUAAGAUCCUGGACAGUCUGCUGGAUGGAUAUGACAACAGGCUGAGACCUGGCCUUGGAGACCGAGUAACGGAAGUGAAGACUGACAUCUAUGUGACCAGCUUUGGUCCAGUUUCCGACACAGACAUGGAGUACACUGUAGAUGUUUUCUUCCGUCAGAGUUGGAAGGAUGAGCGCCUGAAGUUCCAUGGACCAAUGAACAUUCUGCCUCUUAACAACCUGAUGGCCAGUAAGAUCUGGACCCCUGACACUUUCUUCCACAAUGGCAAGAAAUCUGUGGCCCACAAUAUGACCAUGCCCAACAAGCUGCUGAGAAUCAUGGAGGAUGGAACCUUGCUCUACACUAUGAGGCUUACGGUUCAAGCUGAGUGUCCCAUGCAUCUAGAAGACUUCCCCAUGGACUCUCACUCGUGUCCCCUGAAGUUUGGCAGCUACGCCUACACAAAGACAGAGGUUACCUACAUCUGGACUCGUAAUGCCUCCCAGUCAGUGGAGGUUGCACCUGAUGGUUCCAGACUCAAUCAGUAUGACUUGGUGGGCCAGAGUGUGGGGAAGGAGAUCAUUAAGUCCAGCACUGGUGAAUACACAGUCAUGACAGCUCACUUCCAUCUGAAGAGAAAGAUCGGCUACUUUGUGAUCCAGACAUACCUGCCUUGUAUCAUGACCGUCAUCCUCUCCCAGGUCUCCUUCUGGCUUAAUCGAGAAUCAGUGCCAGCCAGGACUGUGUUUGGCGUAACUACAGUCCUCACGAUGACAACCCUGAGUAUUAGUGCCCGUAAUUCGCUGCCUAAGGUGGCCUAUGCUACAGCUAUGGACUGGUUCAUCGCUGUCUGUUACGCCUUUGUCUUCUCCGCACUCAUUGAAUUCGCUACGGUCAACUACUUCACCAAGCGAGGUUGGGCCUGGGAUGGCAAGAGUGUCGUCAACGACAAGAAAAAGGAAGCAUCCAUCGUGAAGAAGAACAAUGCCUAUGCUGUAGCAGUGGCUAACUAUGCUCCCAACAUUACAAAAGACUCUACGCUGCCCACCAUCUCCAAGUGUGCUCAGAGCGUACCCAACAAGACCUCGACAGAGACGAAGCCAGAACAGAACAAGAAGACCUUCAACAGUGUCAGCAAGAUCGACCGCAUCUCUCGCAUCAUGUUCCCUGUGCUGUUUGGGAGCUUUAACCUGGUCUACUGGGCCACCUACCUGAACAGAGAACCAGUUAUUAAAGAUCUGGAUCUUUCAAAAUGAACUGAAGGGACUAACUCCAAACUCUCUGUCCUCACCAAUUUUGGAUCAAUUCAGGUACACAUCAGAACUGGGUAAGAACAAACCUGGGAGCUCACAUAAUGAGUGUAAGUGCCAAACAGAAUACUCUGCCGUUUUAUUUGUAGUUUCAGCUGCUCAAUCUGAAAGAAAAGGAAACUCAUUGAUGAUAUAUGUCAGGUUCCUCUUGGAACUGAAAAAAAUAUCAAUGUUCAUAUUUAAAAAGAAAAAAAAUCCUCCAACCUUCCAAUUGUUGUAAUUGUGACAGAAUUUGGUAAUAUGUGAAAACAAUUCUGCUAAACUUAGAAUAAAUUUAUGUUGGCCAAAUGGUUACAAAGUGUGUCAAAAUAUUGCAGGUAUCCAGCCACGGACCUUCGUCAAAUGACAUACCCAAUCUUGCUCCCCCCUUGUUUCCUGUUAAUCAUCAAAUAAAACAAAUACUAUAAAGAUAUUUAAAAAGAAAAUAAUUAUUGUUAUUUGUGACAAACCCACAGAGAAUAAUCACCACCUGAAUAGCUUUUCAGAGGGUUUUUUGCCUCUUUCAUCUCUGUGUUUUAUAUCCGACAACUGUACAGUUUUGGUCAUCAGCCUCAUUUCCAGCAGCAGCAGGUAGCUGUUGAACAUAGUCGAGCAUUUAGCAGGUAAAGAGUUUUUUUUUUUUUCACAGGAGCUGGUGGAUACCAAACCAGAAGUAAUACGUUAAAGUAAACGCAAACAACACAAGCUAAAAACGCCUAACUCUAAUGAGCUUUUACUACUAUUAAGAUCAAAUUGUGUUUUGUAAUAACUUUGAAGAAAUAUUGUCAAAACAUAAAUAUUUUAAUUCAUUUGUAUAUUUCUUAAUUUAUUUUCAAUUUAAUUGGUGUUAACAAAAUAUUAUUAGGUCAUAAUUAUGAGGUCUUUAUCUUGUAAUUUUGUGAAAGGAAAACCCUUAUUAACUUAACAGUAUAAGUAUCAAAUGUUUUUUGCUGUUGCACUGUUCAAUUUCUCAGAGCAAAAAAACAAAGUGAAAUAGCAUUGAAUUGCCCCCCUUUUGCUUUAAUGUACACUGCAGCUGGCGUCCAACUCCAGAGUAGGCAAAAGAACCCCAAAAUUCAAUAUUCACUUUUGGUGUGGUCACCUUUGGUCAGCUUACGCGUGCUUUGGAUACAACUGAUCCAGUUUCAGUUGUAUCCAGUCAUUUAAGUCAUUUUUAUACAUCAAGUCUGGCCACAAUUUGAUGCUGAUGAAGUCGCUUUCUGCUUAGUAUAACUAUUUGACUUCUGACAUGUUCACUUAGCUCAGAGGCCUUUUUUUCCCCACUGACAGUGCUACAAAGUGUUCAAGCUCAGUCUUAUUUAUAACAGUGAAUACCGACUGCAAGUUGAGUUACUCAAACAAGCCUCUGAUGAGCAAAUCAAAUGACAUCUGAGCACCUGGAAAUAGCACAGAAUCUUAAACAUUCCUUCAUUUUAUAUGACAUGACACAGUUUUUGAAAUGUGUAUAUAGUGUCACGGCCUAUGAGAGUGUAGUAGAAGCACACUACCCACAUGAGAUGAGAAUAUUACCAAGCAAAUAAGUUCUUGAUCUUGUUUGGCGAGGUAACAUUAACUAAAGGUCAUCUCCAAGGUUUCUGUAGGUCUCAACCACAAGUCACAGAAUUAUUCAAUUAAUACUGUUUAAAAGUUUGUUCAGUUGUCAACCCAUAAUCUCAGUACACAUUUUGACUUUUUUCUCACACUCACUGAGAUUGAAAUUAAUUGAGAUUUGCAUCCGUUGUGUGUAUCGAAUGUUUGUAUUAAAACAAAAUAGCUGAGCUUUUGUUUUAUCAGGGAAAUCCUGCAGAAAUUAAAAUAAAGCCAGUCAGUGGAGCUGGAGUGGAGCUCGCUGCCUUUGUACUGUCAUCAGCGGUAUAGCACAGUAUGUAACCUUGUGUAGCACACAUUGUGUUCACUGUAUAAAUUUCCUACGACACCCUGCUGCUGCUACCUGUGAACUCCCCACCCCCCCCCCCCCCAUUAUUCACCUGUGUGCUCACUUUCUUCACAUUAUCACGUUAAAAGUUGAUAUUUAUGUGUUAUCACUCUUUUAAGAAAAUUGACACACGUUCACAAAAUUUUGUAUUUAAAGUAAAUACAUGUAUGUAUCUCACUGACUGUUAACAACUGUAGCAAAAUCACAUAUUACUCAUUUCUUUUGUGUGAUUAUUGUUUCUUAGUGUUUCUUGUUUUUUUUAAAUAAAUG